GCGCCGGGCCGUGCCGCUGCAGGCCGCGGCCAUGUUGAGGGCGGGGAGCGCGGUGGGCGCGGAGGCGGCGCCGGGGCCGCUGCGGGGCGCGGUGCCUCCCGCUCCUCGCUGCCCGCCGCCGCCGCUCUUCCUCGCCGCCCGCAGCCGCCGCCGGCGGCCGCCCCGCUCCAUGGCGACCACCAGCCCCUGCAUCGUGAUUGGCGAUGAUGAACAAGGUUACGACCUGGACUUGUUCUGCAUACCUAAACACUAUGCAGAUGAUCUGGAGAAAGUCUAUAUUCCUCAUGGGCUCAUCAUGGACAGGACGGAGAGAUUGGCACGAGAAAUUAUGAAGGGCAUGGGAGGACACCACAUUGUAGCACUCUGUGUACUGAAGGGUGGCUAUAAAUUUUUUGCUGAUUUGUUAGACUACAUCAAAGCACUGAACAGAAACAGCGACAAAUCAAUCCCCAUGACUGUUGACUUCAUUAGGUUGAAGAGUUAUUGUAAUGAUCAGUCAACUGGAGAUAUAAAAGUCAUUGGUGGAGAUGACCUCUCAACCUUGACUGGAAAGAAUGUUUUGAUCGUAGAAGAUAUAAUUGAUACUGGUAAAACAAUGAAGACAUUGCUGUCUCUACUUAAGCAAUACAAUCCAAAGAUGGUGAAGGUAGCCAGUUUGUUGGUAAAACGAACUCCUCGAAGUGUGGGAUAUCGGCCAGACUUUGUUGGGUUUGAAGUGCCAGACAAAUUUGUUGUGGGAUACGCCCUAGAUUACAAUGAAUACUUCAGAGAUUUGAAUCAUAUCUGCGUGAUCAGCGAGACGGGGAAGCAGAAGUACAAAGCAUGAAAGCACAGUUGGAGUGCUGUGUGUGACAACAGAGCUUUCACAUGUUUUGUUUACCGAGUCCCAUCUUUCACAGGCUUCAACUCUGGUACACCAGCUAAAAUUGUAGAAUGCCCCCAUUGUCCUGUGCUUACUAUAAUUUAUUGCAUGUACAAUAUAAGAGCUCGUCUUGUUCAUUUAUAUUUUAGAGAUGGAAACAACUAGUGCAAUUCUGCACUCCUUAUUUUGAUUUGCACUAUGACUCUACCGACUAUUGCUGCCCCUGGUUGGGUUGUGCUGUUUGUGAGCUCCAGAGUCUAACUCUUGCAGUGGUAAAUUGCUUAAACCUCAUCAGCCCAGAACUGAAAUAGUUCAAGUACUGUAAAUGUCAAACAUUUUAUGAUAGGGAAGUCUAUUAGUAAUAUUUUUAAAAGCUGUAAUUUAAGUUUUAUAUUUUAAUGCACAAAAUGUGAUUGUGAUUAAUGGAUCGAUGCACCUUUGGGUGUUAGAAAGCAUGAGGAGCAGCCAGUUACAGUAUCUGUAAUCUCCAAGGAGCUCAUUCAGAUCUCCUGGAGUUGCCUUACUGCUGUAAAGGAAAGUCUGGGUGAAAAAUGUCCUUUUUGUUUCUUAGUUUUCUUUCUUUUUUAAGGAGAUGGAGUGACAAAGCAGAACGUUUAAAAUCUGGUUCUAGUGGAGCUGCCUGUUUCUGUUAGAGAUUUGUUUUGUCUUUAAAAAUAUCCAUCAGUCAGUGGAAUUGCCUUUGAAAUUUGAACAAUUUUAAUAUAUUUGUGGGAAGAAAAGUAUUGUAAUGUUUACUUUAUAAGAUCUGCAAAACAAAGUACUUUAAAUAAAGGCUGUCUCUUUAAAAUAAGCCCCAUACAUCGAUGCCCCUCGUUCUGUAUAUUAAAGUGCUCUUGAAAUUUUCCUCUCA